AUGUUCCGCCAACUACUUAUCCGCGGCUUUGCCGAAAGCGGCCUACAAAGCCUUUGCAGGUGUCACAAGGAUGUCAAGUUGAUAUGUCUCAAGCGCUUUGUCCGCAUGUUCGCGUACGGCGCGACGACCCUGCAUCUGGUCGCAUACCUCGAACUCCUAGGCUUCUCAGCCACACGAAUUGGGCUGUUCAUGGCAUUGACGCUUGUUGGCGAUACUUGCAUCAGCCUGGUUCUCACUUCUUGCGCCGAUGGAGUUGGUCGGAGACUCGUCUUGGCGUUCGGGGCAGCGCUUAUGGUCGCCAGUGGUGUCGCGUUUGGGCUGUGUGACAGCUUCUGGAUCUUGUUGGCUGCGGCGGUCUUUGGAGUCAUCAGCCCCGGAGGCAACGAAAUUGGUCCAUUCCGUGCAGUUGAGGAGAGUAUCGUAGCCCACCUGACUACCGCCGAGGACAGAAGUGAUGUGUAUGCUUGGUACAGCCUCGUAGGAGCAGCCGGAACGGCAGUCGGAGCAAUUACGAGUGGCUGGACAGCUCAGUCGCUGACUAGUAACUCCGGGUGGAGCGACGAAGCCGCGUAUCGAGCAGUCUUCUACGGGUAUUCGGCGCUGGGUGUAUUCAAGCUCGCUCUAGUCCUGUUGCUUAGCCAAGACUCCGAGGCAGAGCCCGAAGUUCAUGACGAGGAUGAGACAAGGCCCAUUCUCGGCACAGAGAGAGCCGAGCCACAGGUUGAGACCGCCGGCUGGAGGCGAAAGCUGCUGCCCGGCAUUCAGAAGAGCAGCUUUCCGGUUGUCAUACCGCUGUGUCUCCUCUUCGCACUCGACUCCUUUGCUUCCAGUCUUACACCGCAAUCCUGGAUUGCCUUCUUCUUCCGGUGGAAGUUUGACAUGGACAACGGCCUUCUCGGAUCCAUGUUCUUCGUAUGCAGCUUCCUAGCUGUGGUAACCACCUUGGUUGCAUCCUCUCUGGCGAAGCGUAUCGGUAACCUCAACACGAUGGUGUUCACCCACCUCCCCUCCGCAGUAUUCACCGCCCUCCUACCUUUGCCGCAAUCUGUCAACGCUGCGAUAGUUCUCUUGAUUCUGCGGGCUUUAACCCAGUCCAUGGAUGUGGCACCCAGGGCAGCCUUCGUAGCAGGAAUUCUGAAACCCAAGGAACGAACCACAGUGAUGGGACUUGUCAAUGUCCUCAAGACGGCUGCGCAGAGUGUAGGCCCCCUCGGCGUCGGAGUGUUGGUGGACCGUAACCUCUUCUGGGUGGCCUUCGUGAGUGCUGGAUGCCUUAAGGUGGUCUACGACCUGGGCCUGAUGGUUUGCUUCCGGAAGAGCGAGAGACGGGAGGAGGACGGCCCGAUUGCUUAG